CGCUCCACACGUUCCUCGCUUGCCUUAUCUUUGUGCAGCCUCUCUUUCCCUCCAAGAAAAAAAAAAGAAAAAAGAUUGAAACAAAUUAAAUUACAAAGCUCCAUCAUCAUCAGCUUGAGUCUCACCACCUGAUACCAGCAAAAUAAAUAAAUAAAUAAGUAAAUAAAAUCCAAUAGCUCCAUAGCUUUAACAGAUUGAGCUCUUGGUUAAUUAUUCCUUUAAUUAAUUUCAAUGGCUGGCAAAUUAACCUUUAGUUUGACACCCCCUCGUUUGUUCACCGCCCCUUUUCAAAAGCCCUUAGUUCCUUUCUCUUCAUCUUCUUCUACCAGGGUUCAAUCCAAUGGAAAGCAGCUAUGUGUUCGACGCAGAUUGUUCUUACUUCCCACCAAGGCUACCGCUGAUCAACAAGGCCAGGUCGGAGAAGAUGAGGUUGUUGAUAGUAAAAUUCUGCCAUACUGUAGCAUAGACAAGAAAGAGAAGAAGUCCUUGGGUGAAAUGGAGCAAGAGUUUCUUCAAGCCCUACAAGCAUUUUACUAUGAGGGAAAAGCUAUCAUGUCAAAUGAGGAAUUUGAUAAUCUCAAGGAAGAACUAAUGUGGGAAGGAAGCAGUGUUGUCAUGCUAAGUUCUGAUGAGCAGAAAUUUCUGGAAGCCUCAAUGGCUUAUGUAUCGGGGAAACCAAUUUUAAGUGAUGAAGAAUUUGAUAAACUGAAGCAGAGGCUAAAGAUGGAAGGAAGCGAAAUUGUGGUUGAGGGUCCACGAUGCAGUCUCCGUACUAGAAAGGUGUACAGUGACCUAUCUGUUGACUAUUUGAAGAUGUUCCUCUUGAACGUCCCAGCCACUGUGGUUGCCCUAGGAUUGUUUUUCUUCCUAGAUGAUCUGACGGGAUUUGAAAUCACAUAUAUUUUGGAGCUCCCAGAGCCAUUCAGCUUUAUUUUUACGUGGUUUGCUGCUGUGCCCGCAUUGGUUUGGUUAGCUCAAGCCCUUACAAAAGUGGUUGUGAAAGACUCUCUGAUCUUAAAGGGCCCUUGCCCGAACUGUGGUACUGAGAAUGUCUCCUUCUUUGGCACCAUACUGUCGGUUUCCAGUGGUGGAACCACCAACGAUCUUAAAUGUUCAAAUUGUGGAACACCAUUGGUGUAUGAUUCGAAUACGCGAUUGAUUACAUUGCCAGAAGGAAGUGAAGCUUGAUUGGAGUGUUAUUCCCACGUUAACAGACACAGCCAUGGCUGCAGGAUAAAUUAUUACCAAGGAUCCACAGUAAGACUGCCAUUAACUCGUAAACUUGGAGUGAAGAGUGUGUCGUAUGUUCGUAAACAUGGUGGGUCAUCAUUCGCAGCGCAGGUGGAAAUUUUGACAUGUGCUGCAAUGUAGAAGGUAUAUCAGUUGUAUGUUGUGUCAAAUACUUUAUUUGUAAGUAACAUGUAAUAUAUUUAUGACUGUAACAGGCAUGUUGACAGGAAGAGAGGAGAGCCAAAAUGUUGCCGUGAAAAUCUUUAAAUCAAUAAAAAUCAUGUUCUAUGUAAUGCCUUUUAUCA